UCAUUUUCCCAUCUCUUACUCACUCUCUUCCCUACAACAAACAUGGCCGCGAAAUCUGACGGUGCAGCCGUCUCUCUACGAAACGAGAUCCCACCGGAGUGUCCCUCCGGGUCGGACCCGCGGCCUCCCCGGCACCGCGCGGCCGAGCAGCGCUACUCCGUCCCGGACUGCUGCUGGACGCUGUGCGCCCUUUUGGUCUUUUUCUCGGACGGGGCCUCAGACCUGUGGCUGGCCGCGGAUUACUACCUCAGGAGGUCCUACUGGUGCUUUGCACUCACUCUGGUCUUUGUGGUAAUCCCCUCCGUGGUCGUGCAGGUGUUGAGCUUCCGAUGGUUCGCUUACGAUUUCACGGACACCGUCGAGAGCGGCACGGCUGCGGCCGCCGUGGUGGGGGGGACGUCCGUAGCCGGGGAGAGCGACUUCAGCACCACGGACAGCGGCGGCGCGCGGGGCGCUGGCCGCUCCGCGGAGGCCGGGGUGCUGCCGGGGCCGGGCACCGGGGGAGGAGUCCGGGGCUGCUGCAGAGCCUUCAUAUGGCUCUUCCAGGCCAUCAUUCACAUCUUUCAGCUGGCACAGGUCUGGAGGUACGUCCACGCCCUGUAUUUGGGUGUGCAGAGCCGCUGGCACAGGGACCCCGAGCGCCGACACUACUACUGGCGCAUGAUGUUUGAGAACGCCGAUAUCAGCAUGCUCCGUCUGCUCGAGUCCUUCCUGAAGAGCGCCCCUCAGCUGGUGCUGCAGCUCAGCAUCAUGAACCAGGCCACUCAGGUGCUGCCCCUUCAGGCGCUUUCAGCUUCUGCCUCACUGAUAUCUCUCGCCUGGAUGGUCGCCUCCUACCAGAAAGCCCUGAGGGACUCCCGAGACGACAAGCUACCCAUGACCUACAAGGCCGUCAUAGUUCAAAUCCUGUGGCACCUGUUUUCCAUCGGCGCCCGCGCUCUGGCCUUCGCUCUGUUCGCCUCCGUGUUCCAGCUCUACUUUGCCAUCUUCAUCGUGGCCCACUGGUGCAUCAUGACGUUCUGGAUCAUUCAAGGCGAGACGGACUUCUGCAUGUCCAAAUGGGAGGAGAUCAUCUAUAACAUGAUGGUGGGCAUCGUGUAUGUUUUCUGCUGGUUCAGUGUUCGGGAGGGGCGCACUCGCUGCAGGAUGCUCAUUUACAGCCUGACUGUGUUCAUCGAGAACGUGGCGCUCACCACCGCCUGGUAUUUGUACCGCGACCCGCGUACCUCGGACUUCUACGCCGUCAUCUUGGUGUGCGCGGUGGCGAGCAGCUACGCCCUGGGCACCUUCUUCAUGUUUGUGUACUACUGCCUGCUGCACCCCGACGGCCCGAUCUCGGGGUGGGGCUACAUGGCGGAGAAGGAGCCGCCUGUCGAGACGCUGGCCUCCCCGGCCGCCAGCCUCCCCCCCGACGUGGUGAGCAGCCCCCCCAGGACCCUUCAGAGAACUAAAGGGUCAGAAAGAGAACAGGGCUCCGGGGUGGACGGAGACGUGUUCCAGGUGCGGGCGCUUCGGGGCGCUCGGGCCCCGGCGCCGAACCUGACGCCCAGAACCGAGGGGCCUGUCAUCCGCAUAGACCUGCCCAGGAAGAAGUACCCCGCCUGGGACGCGCACUUCAUCGACCGCCGGCUGCGCAAAACCAUCCUGGUGCUGGAAGGCGCCGCCCCGGUCACACCGAGGAUCCAGUACCGCUGCCUGGGCGCCCCCAAAGAAGUGAUGGAGUACGAGACCACCGUGUGACGCGCAGCUCGGGGCAGUGGCUCGGCGAAAGCCGCGUGCGCACCGUGCCUCAAAUAGUGUGGCAGGUGGAUGACUCUCACUGAGCAGUCUGUGGCAGCGCCGCGCCUAACUGCACGGUCAGUUAGUGGAGAAGCAGGUGUGAGAGUGUGGUGUCUUUAUCUUUUUACAAGGGGCAAAAGUGCAGUGGUGUUGUGUAACGACGGUGCACAUUUUGGGGUUUCUGUAUCAUUUCUCAGGUCAGGGCGUGGUACAGGAGGUUGACGGUGGAGUUAGAGAGAAGCACAGGUGGUCAGUGCUGAGGCCCUCUCCGGAGAGAAGGUGCUUCUGCGACAUCCUCUCAAGUCGGUCAACGACAGAGGCGAGCCUUCAACGCGCAUGAUUAUUCACGGCAGCUCGGGAUCGAAACCACAUGUGGAAUGGUGAGCGGCGUUUCGAGAUGUAAUUUUAAACACAAUCUACAAAAAUAAAAUCUCCGGCACCGAUGAUCAAUACGCAUAAUUUCCCAUAGCUAUUCACUCAUGUUGACGGAUUCUCUGGAAAUGCUGAAUGUAAAAAAAAAAAACAGUUGAAAAUGUGGUUAUUAGUGACCAGGCUUCAAGCAUUUGUUGGUGGUCAGUGGGAUUUACAACAUUCCUGUGGUGUAACAUUUGUUUUUUGUUCUCAAGGUAAGCUAGGAUAUAAAGAUUUGUGUGUUUACAAGCACUCUGUUGUUUUCGGGACAAGCCAUCGAUGCUGAAGAGGCACCUUCAUUCAGAAUGUGUACUGAACAACAGCUAAAUUAUGAUUUACAUUUACAAGAUGUAUUCUGACAGGACUCUCAACAAGUCUAUUUUCAUACUGAACACAGUAAAGAAAACAGGACAUUCAUUUCCAUGUAAAUUAAACUGUAAAAUGAAGAGGAAGAGGGACAGCACUGUCUGUAAAAAUUCUGUAUCCAUUACUAUGUUGUCUGAAUAAUGUAGAGGAAAAAAAGUUAGCUGCAGACUCGGAAUAGCUUUGAUAUUAUUGAUGGUACAGGCAUGUGAAACUUGUGGUAACAUUUCUGUUUUACAGUAUCAGAAAUUUUUUCAACCAUAUAUUUUACUCAGAUAGGAGUUUAAGGGAAAAUAGACAGGAUCUGGGUUAUUAUAUUGAUUUUCCUGAAAGAACUGGGCAAUUUGAUUUCAGAAAUAAUGUAUUUAUCAUCCACAAAUUAUUGGAAACUUCUUCAUAUAUGAUGAAUUGAAUACUCACCAUGCAGAACAAAUUACACAUUUCUGACCUGUAGAGUCAUGGUCACGCUUAGCAUUUAAUAGAAAUGCAUUAUUUGGAAUUUAUUUAUUUAUAAUUAGUGCUAAACACUGUUUUCCAGGCACCUUCCCACAUAUAAAAUUAUCACAAAUUUAUGGUCCUGUUAAAUAAAGUGAUAUAAAGGGUUCUUUUUGUAUAGAGUAGUCACAAGAAGGAGAUUUCUGAACUGGGUUUUUGUGUGUAUGUGUGUAUGUAUGUGUGAGCUCAUAUACCAACAUGUGUAUGUGGGGGGAGGGGAGUCCUGCCAUGUACAUUUAAGUUCAUUUCAAAUGUGUCAUUGAGAUAAGACAGUUUUGUUGUAAACACUGUCCAGUCGGCUCAAUUUUCCCCAUGACACCAAAAUAAACCCGUAAUAGCCCAUUUAACACCUUUACAACGAUGCUGCAGUAAAAAGAAUAAGAAAAAAAAAGCCAGAGAGGUUUUAAUUAUGGUGCUAAAUGGUUGAGUCCAUCACAUCACCACCGUGUACCGUACAAUUAGCUUGUUAUGGCAGGGGUUUGGAAGGGGCUGUACCUCAAAACACAAACACAUAGCUAGAAUCAAAAAGCCUUAAACUGGUCACACCAGACGGUUGUUGUUCAGAGCAAGAAAAGAAAAA